CUCGACAAACCCCUAGAGAAUGAUGCCGAGGGUGUGUGGAGCCCUGACAUCGAGCAGAGCUUCCAGGAGGCCCUGGCCAUCUACCCACCCUGUGGCCGUAGGAAGAUCAUCCUCUCAGAUGAGGGCAAGAUGAAGAAAUGAGUUGAUUGCACGAUACAUCAAACUUCGCACAGGGAAAACGCGGACCAGGAAGCAGGUGUCUAGUCAUAUCCAGGUUCUAGCUCGACGGAAGGCCAGGGAGAUCCAGGUGAAGCUGAAGGUACGCUACGAUCAGGCUGCCAAAGACAAGGCCCUCCAGAGCAUGGCCACCAUGUCAUCAGCCCAGAUCAUAUCGCCCACAGCCUUCCAGAACAAGAUGGCUCUCCAGGGCCUGUCUCGGCCAGCUUACCCCACUAGUGGUGGGUUUUGGCACGGGGCACUUCCAGCACAGCCAGGAAGCCAUGAAGACAUUAAGCCCUUUUCCCAACAGAGCUAUGCCAUGCAAGCGUCUGGCCCUGCCCCGAUAACAGUUUAUGAUAACACACAGGGGCUGUCCAUGUCUCCUGGUGCCCCCCCUUGGCAGGGUCGAAGUAUUGCCAGCUCCAAGCUGCGAAUGCUGGAGUUCUCUGCCUUCCUAGAGCAACCUCAAGACCCGGAGACUUUCAACAAGCACCUGUUUGUGCAUAUCGGCCAGUCCAAUCCGAGCUACAGCGACCCCUAUCUGGAGUCGGUGGACAUCAGGCAGAUCUAUGACAAGUUCCCAGAGAAGAAAGGGGGCCUGAAAGAGCUGUUUGACAAGGGGCCACCCAACGCUUUCUUUCUCGUCAAGUUCUGGGCGGACCUUAGUGUAAACCUGCAGGAUGACAGCAGCUUCUUUUAUGGUGUGUCCAGCCAGUACGAGAGCUCUGAGAACAUGAUUAUCACCUCAUCCACCAAGGUCUGUUCCUUUGGCAAACAAGUGGUGGAGAAAGUUGAGACGGAGUACGCGCGUUUCGAAAAUGGACGCUAUGUGUUUCGGAUCCACCGCUCUCCGUUGUGCGAAUACAUGAUCAACUUUAUCCACAAGCUUAAACACCUGCCGGAGAAGUACAUGAUGAACAGCGUACUGGAAAACUUCACUAUCUUACAGGUGGUGACUAACAGGGACACACUGGAGACCCUGCUGUGCAUAGCCUACGUCUUCGAGGUGUCCACUAGCGAGCACGGAGCGCAGCAUCAUAUUUACAGGCUAGUCAAAGACUGACACGGCCUCUCACUCUGAACUUACCAGUUCUAGACCCAUUGUAGCACACCGGUGAGCAACAACACUACACAAUAGACUACUUCCUCUACAAGAUGAAUUCAUACGAGGCGGUCGGGAGCCUGGAGAAGCACAGGCUGUGACGGUUUGUGCAGGAACACAACUACUGCUGAACAAGAGUUAGAUUUGGGACUGUGGAAGUUGAAACUGGCUGUGUGUGAAGAGGAGGACCACUGUGUACACUGUGGUUUCUAUGCCAAAGGAGCCAAACAUAGCUAAGAAGACCUGCAUGAGAGAGUUGUAAUUGGUGGUGUUUUUUUCCAUCUCAUUUUUACUAGCGCUUGUUUUUAAUUUAGAUUCUUUUACACACAUGCAUGUGCAGGGGAUGUUUGUGACAGAGAAGUCUGGCUGCCUCAGGGUGCCAUCUAGUGACUUAAAUAUAAAUAUAUAUAAAAAUGGGAAAAAUAAUAAAAGUAUACUGAGAAUCCCUUAUUUGCACAUCCGAAAGAAAAAAAAUCACUGUUUUUUUGUGCCAAUGUUUUGUGUUACUGGAGCGAUUAUGUACAGUGCCACAACCUUCUCUUAACAGAGUUACGUUGACAGGUGGCUAAAACGAUUUAAAAGAACUUGUAUUCACUUUGUUUGAUGUUGAAUGUUGAAUGUUUCUUGUCUUACUGUUUUUUGAUUGAAAACUGUCUGACUGCAACAAAAGGCACAUAAUAACACUGCUAACUUGAACCAGAUUUGGACUUGUAAGCCGAUUAUCGAAGUUGUCUGCAUCUGUAACUUGCCCUGAGGUGUCACAUGAAAAUACAAGUGUUUCUUACAUAA